AUGAAAAUAAAAGAAGGAAUGCUGAAUGGUCCAGAUAUUCGACGUUUAAUAAAUGAUGAUGAUUUCAAAAAUGCCCUCAGUCAGAAUAAAAGCGUCGAUUGUAACUGUGUAAAAGCAGUAAUACAAAACGUUCUUGGUAUUCACAGAGCAGAAAAUUGGAGUGUACUUAUUGAAGAAAUGAUUCAUGCUUUUCACAAAAUCAAUGUUAGCAUGUCUUUAAAAGUGCAUUUUCUUCAUUGCCACAUUGAUAAGUUUGCGGAGCAGUCUCCAUGCGAAUCUGAUGAACACGGCGAACGUUUUCACCCAAUAGCUGCUAAUCUUGAAUAUUGA